ACUUAUCAGAUCAGAAUUGAAAGAAUUGGAAGGAAAAAUCGACAAAAACCAUGGAAAAUCUGGAGAAAAAAGAUUCGGAAAAUUGUGAGACGUGCGUCAAGAACAAGAAACUAUCUUCCGAAUACAUCGAUCUUCGUGACAAGGUUAUUCUGCAAUCUAAACAAAUUACUGAUUUAAUGAUCAACUAUGCAAUUCGAUCUGUUGCAAUGAAACAACUUGAGAAGAGAGCUGCUCGACAAUCUGUCGUUAUCAAAGAAUUGAAGACAGAUUUGGUUAAAGUUCAAGAAAUGAAUAAUAAGUUGAUGGAAGACAACAAUAAGAUGAACAAAGCGAUAUCUCGAAUUGAACAAAAACUUGCUGAAGAGAAGUCUUCACAGCGUCAAAUUACCGAACCAAUAACAACGAUUCAAACAACAGUAAAACCAACUUCUCUUUCAGAAAUCUGCAAAUUGAAGAUUGGGAAUAUCUGCUACUUUGCUGUUGUAAAUAUACUGCAAAAUGUCAGCUACAAUGAAGCCAUUAUUAUUUGUAAAAGAGACAACGCAGAUAUUGGUCUGUUUCGAGAUGAAAAAUCUUACAAUGUCGUUGUAAAUUACCUGAUGAAUACUCUUGGAGAACGAAUUUUGGUAUCAGUAUGGACAGGAAUUCACAUCGAUUCAAUGACUCAUGAUGUUACACCUGUAGAGUCCUUUGUUAAAUGGCUUCCAGGUAUUCCAUUCACAGGAAUUCCUUCUAAAGACCUCAUAAAUGUUUACUUCGAUGUUCAUACCAACCCAAAUAAGCGUCAUCACAGGAUGAUAAAAGCUCCUCCUACCUGGAAGCAUCAUAGAGGUAUUUGUGAGAUCCAGAUCUAAUGAAACGUCUGCCUUGUAUUUUAUUCCUCUGGAUCAAUCAUCAGUAAAAUACGAAUCAUUAAACUCUAGUAUAAAAAGUAUACGAUUGCAAUUUCGAUUAAUGACAGCGAAAAUUGAUGAAAUUCAA